ACGCACAAAAAGCAAAACCAAAAACUCCCCAAAAGGAAACGAGAAAAACUUCAAAAGCGAAACCCCUGCAUCGCGGAGUGACAAAUCGGGGUCCUCUCUUUUAGGUGUGGUUGCAAAAGUUUUAUCAAUUUUCGGCAACGAAAGACCAAAAAUUCGUUUCGAAAAGUAGUUUUUCGCGUAGUUCCGGAUCUUCGUUAGGUGGUAGUGCAGUGCGUUGUAAAUUCCAAAUCAAAACUGGUGCAAAAUGUCCGGUAGAUUGCCAGCUUGCGUGAUCGACGUGGGAACGGGCUACACAAAGCUCGGUUUCGCAGCGAACAAGGAGCCCCAGUUUAUCAUUCCGUCGGCGAUUGCCAUAAAGGAGACGGCCAAAGUCGGCGAUCAGAGCGCCCGCCGCGUCACGAAAGGGGUGGAAGAUUUGGACUUCUUCAUCGGCGAUGAAGCAUUCGAUGCCACCGGGUAUUCGGUUAAGUACCCAGUCCGCCACGGAUUGGUCGAAGAUUGGGACUUGAUGGAACGCUUCCUGGAGCAGUGCAUUUUCAAAUACCUCCGAGCCGAACCAGAAGAUCACCAUUUUUUGCUAACGGAGCCCCCGCUCAACACACCGGAAAACCGAGAAUACACCGCGGAGAUUAUGUUCGAGACGUUCAACGUGCCGGGGUUGUACAUCGCAGUGCAGGCGGUUCUGGCGCUGGCUGCCAGUUGGGCAUCCCGCCCGGUAGAGGAAAGAACGCUGACGGGAAUUGUGGUCGACAGUGGGGACGGUGUGACGCAUGUGAUUCCCGUGGCCGAGGGCUACGUCAUCGGAUCGUGCAUCAAGCACAUUCCGAUCGCUGGUCGGAACAUAACUUCCUUUAUUCAGAGCUUGCUUCGUGAGCGUGAGGUUGGAAUUCCCCCUGAACAGAGCCUCGAGACGGCGAAGGCAAUCAAGGAACGGUUCAGCUACAUCUGCCCGGACAUCGCCAAGGAGUUUGCCAAGUACGACUCUGAACCUACCAAGUGGAUGCGUCACUACGAGGGAAUCAAUGCAAUCACCAAGCAGCCGUUCGGUGUGGACGUCGGGUACGAGCGGUUCCUUGGUCCGGAAAUAUUCUUCCACCCGGAGUUUUCCAACCCGGACUUCACGACACCACUGUCGGAGAUUGUUGACACGGUUAUUCAGAACUGCCCGAUCGAUGUGCGGCGGCCCUUGUAUAAUAACAUUGUUUUGAGCGGUGGAUCAACCAUGUUCAGGGAUUUCGGUCGAAGGCUUCAGCGUGACAUCAAACGUAGCGUAGAUGCUCGGUUAAGGAUUAGUGAGAACUUGAGCGAGGGACGAAUCAAGCCUAAACCAAUUGACGUUUCGGUGAUUUCCCAUCAUAUGCAGAGAUACGCCGUAUGGUUCGGCGGAAGUAUGUUGGCCUCAACGCCGGAAUUCUACCAGGUAUGUCACACGAAAGCCGCCUACGAAGAGUACGGGCCGGGCAUUUGUCGUCACAAUCCCGUGUUUGGCACCAUGACGUAGUUUUGUCCCCAGAGGUCUGUCGACGUUCCUUCUGCUGCUGCAUUGCUACUACCAAUUACAACUAGUAUCGUUUCAAUUUGCAUUUAGAAAAACACAAAGAACAAGUUAGUCCACAAAAGGCACAACGAACGGAGAACCACUUACAGGGUGGUUCCAACCGAGUGGUGUCGUCUAUUGCGGCCGUGCAAGUCAAAAUUUUAAGAAAAAGCAGUGUUGAUCAUCAUUCCUCUUGUUUCUAUUUCUAUCGGCUUUAUAAAAGAAAAUAGUUUCACUCCAUUUGCAUGCUGCGACACGCAUAGAAGCAUUAAGUUUAUAGGUAUAUUUAUUAAUUGUUUUAUGCACUAAUAAAUUUUGAAUUUACCGACAAAAGUUCAUCAGUUUUCGUUUGAAGUCACGUCCCAUCGAAGCGGACCGAACCGCAGAUGGGAUGUUGAGUGAGAUGAGAUACUAAUCUGGAUAAUGGAAGCAACAAACAUGCCAAAAUUUACGAUAGAAACAACCAUGGGGUGCAUUUAUUUUGGGACUCAUCAUGACGAAUUAUAGGGAAAUCGAUAUGAGAUGCGUAAUAUGAAAUCACAAGUCACACAAAAUAAAACGAAAGUAUUCUUCAAACCUACAACAAGGCAACGUCUAUUAUGGAUUGGAAAGUCUUUUAUUCUUUAGGCAUUUUCACAGAACUAUGUAUUGAAUUGAGUGAUAUAAUAAAAGCAAAAUUUAAACGAGUAAGACGGUUUAUCCAAACGGUCACCGACCUGUUGGUAACUGAACCAAAAUUGAACAAUCGAAAUUUGAUUGAGUAAUGAUUCAUAAAUCAAAUAUGUAAACACAUUCUAGAUAAUAAAGUUAAACUGAGUAAAAUUA